CUUGAAAGCAUCACUAGUGCAGCUCACUGUUGUGUGCGGUCUGUUGGUUGUGUUUGGUGCUGGCUCCCCUCUGUCCUCCAUUAAAGCUCGGCUCCAUCCCCGCUGUACGGCGCAGGCCCGAAGUAGCGCAGCCGCUCUGAGUAACUGUACUGUGGACCUAGCUGUGUAGACCAGCUGGCUGAUAAUGGAUGAGCACUCCGUUCACCAGGCAGAGCACAUGACCACAAUUGAGGCUAGCGCUGUCAGCCAGCAGGUACAUGUGACCACCUUGACUGACACAUCCAUGAUGAGCGCUGAGGAAGACUCGACCUCCUCACCAGAUGACGAUCCUUAUGAUGACACAGACAUCCUCAACUCGGCUGGCACUGAUGAGGUCACAGCUCACCUGGCUGCUGCAGGGCCAGUGGGUAUGGCAGCUGCUGCUGCCGUAGCAACUGGGAAGAAAAGAAAAAGGCCUCAUAUCUUUGAAUCCAACCCUUCCAUCCGUAAGAGACAGCAGACUCGUCUCCUCAGGAAACUGCGAGCCACGUUGGAUGAGUACACCACCAGAGUGGGCCAACAAGCCAUAGUGUUGUGCAUCUCCCCCUCCAAACCCAACCCUGUGUUCAAGGUGUUUGGUGCUGCUCCUCUGGAGAAUGUGGUAAGAAAGUAUAAGAGCAUGUUGUUGGAGGACCUGGAGAACGCCCUGGCUGAACAUGCCCCUGCAGGUGGAGAACUCGCCUCAGAGCUGCCCCCGCUCACAAUUGAUGGCAUCCCCGUCUCUGUGGAUAAGAUGACCCAGGCACAGCUGCGAGCAUUUAUCCCAGAGAUGUUGAAGUACUCAACAGGCAGAGGGAAGCCUGGCUGGGGUAAAGAGAGCUGCAAGCCAGUGUGGUGGCCCGACGACAUCCCCUGGGCCAACGUUCGCAGUGAUGUGCGCACAGAGGAGCAGAAACAGAGAGUCUCUUGGACGCAGGCGUUGCGAACCAUAGUGAAGAACUGCUAUAAGCAGCAUGGCCGUGAGGAUCUAUUAUAUGCUUUUGAAGACCAGCAGGUAACCACGGCAACCACCACCCAGCACCACCUGACCACUGCACAAAGUAUCGCUCACCUUGUGCCCUCACAAACCGUGGUACAGACCAUCAACAAUCCAGAUGGAACAGUCUCGCUUAUCCAGGUCGGUACAGGACACACAGUUGCCACUCUUGCGGAUGCCUCGGAGCUGCCUGGUGUGACAGUGGCACAAGUUAACUACUCAACGGUAACUGACGGAGAGGUGGAACCAAGCUGGGCCACCCUGCAGGGCGGGGAGAUGACAAUCCAAACGACUCAAGCUUCAGAGGCCACGCAGGCAGUGGCAUCCCUAGCUGAAGCUGCUGUCGCUGCUAGCCAAGAGAUUCAGCCUGGAGCCACUGUUACAAUGGCACUGAACAGUGAGGCAGCAGCUCACGCUGUAGCGACGCUGGCAGAAGCCACACUACAAGGCGGAGGUCAAAUUGUCCUAGCAGAGACGGCAGCUGCUGUUGGGGCACUGGCAGGGGUUCAAGAUGCCACAGGUUUGGUCCAGAUUCCAGUCAGCAUGUACCAGACUGUAGUCACCAGCCUUGCCCAGGGUAACCGGCCCGUCCAGGUUGCAAUGGCGCCUGUCGCUACUCGCAUAGAUAACACUGUCACACUGGACGGCCAGGCAGUAGAGGUCGUAACCCUGGAGCAGUGACCUCGGAAGGAGCAGAAAGCACUGAUUGGCCACCUAGGAGAUUUGUUUAUCUGUUCUGUUUUCCGAGACAUCAUGCUGUGUACAAUGUCAAAUAUAUUUUUUAAUGUGCAUCUGCAGGGGACGUGUACGUGUGUUAUCAAUGCAUUGUGUUUACUAUGUAAAAAGAUUGCGUUUGUUGGUGUAUUUUUCCCAUUUAGCGUUGGUUUUUGGUUGUUUUUUUGGUUUGGUUUUGUUUUUUUUAGCUCUGUGAAGUUGAGUAUUUAGUAUUUAUUUCUUUACAAUUAACCUUUGCUUAAAACAAAGAUGAACCAAAAAGCUCGGGAGGAAAGCCACCCCUGUUUCACUGAGUGUGUUUCUUGUCUUUGUUUGGGAUUUUUCACUAUAUUGUCCAUGCUCGACUGUUUCUGUUUUUAGGAUGACGAAUUCAGUGCCAUAGUCGGAAAGUCACUCCUGUGUUUCGCCAUAUUCACAAUUGCUGUUCCCACCUCAGCUCACUAACUCUCUCACUGUACAACACAGCAUCUGAGAUGCAGACACUCCCAGACAGUCUUGCCCUGUUGUUUUUUUCCCCCCCCCUUUUUUUGUUCUACUGUAAUCCAAGUACAUGCCAAAAUUUUGCAAAGACUCAGGAUAACUUUUUUUUUUUUUUAACUGCUGGAUGGCUGAGAGGACUUACUGACGCAAUCUUUUUGUCCACCAAAUUUUUUUAAUUAUUUUUUUUCCCAGUGCAUGGAUUCGAGGAGGCAACCAUGUUAUUUGCAACAUGAACUCCUUUGUAUGUCACGCAGGACUCGGUGGUCUCCAUCACUUUGUAUGUCACAGGAAGCUGGUCAUACUUGGACAGAAGCUGCACUAUUUGUGAUCCACAAAAGGAUUUGCCACACAAAAAAACCACGCUUGCCGAGAAUCAACUCUGUUUGAUGAAGGUGUAACAGUUGGUGUGACUUUCACCAAAAUUGUGUAUUUGGAAAAAAAUGAAGUCCAAUAAAAUGGCUGCUGUUCACCAUUUA